AUGGAUGUUAAUAAUGCCUUCCUUAAUGGAGAUCUUGAAGAGGAAAUAUACAUGCAACCAUCACCAGGUUAUGAUCAUACUCCUCACAUGUAUGUCACUUACGUCGAGCAUUACACCAUUCUUCUUUUUCUCUAUGUGGAUGAUGUGAUUAGUACUGACGAUGAUUCUGCUGGUAGCUCAGAACUAAAACAAUUCCAUCACCUGCAAUUUGACAUGAAAGAUCUUGGAUCUCUUAGCCAUUUCUUGGGUCUCGAGGCCUCAUCUGGAUUUUAUGGAUACUAUCUCUCUCAGGCCAAGUAUGUAUUUGAUAUACUAUCUUGUGCCAGGUUGAUUGAGAACAAGAGUUCACCUACUUUUCUUGAGAAAAAUGUUUGGAUGACUCCUAUUCAUGGCACUCCUCUUUAG